UUCUCCCCACGGAGCUCUAGGAUGUGGAUGUGAGAAAGGCGAGCGAAGAAGGAAGAUGGCAACGAGGAGCAGCCCUAGCCCCAUGCCUCUGGGCACGGCUCAGGGUGACCCCGGAGAGGCAGGAACACUGCCAGGUCCCGAUGCUGGCAUCCGGGACACGUGUUCGGCAGCGCAGCUGAAGAUGAAGCCCAGGAAGGUGCGCAAGAUCAAGGCCCUCAUCAUCGACCUGGGCUCCCAGUACUGUAAGUGUGGCUACGCAGGCGAGCCGAGGCCCACCUACUUCAUCUCCUCCACUGUGGGCAAGCACUGCUCUGAGGCGGCUGAUGCUGGUGACACUCGCAAGGAGACCUACGUGGGCCACGAGCUGCUCAGCACGGAGGCGCCCCUGAAGCUGAUGAACCCGCUCAAAUACGGCAUUGUGGUGGACUGGGACUGCGUCCAGAGCAUCUGGGAGUACGUCUUCCACACAGCCAUGAAGAUCCUCCCCGAGGAGCAUGCGGUGCUGGUCUCUGACCCCCCCCUAAGCCCCAGCAGCAACCGGGAGAAGUACGCGGAGCUCAUGUUCGAGACCUUUGGCAUCCCUGCCAUGCAUGUGACGUCCCAGUCGCUGCUGUCCAUCUACUCCUACGGCAAGACCUCGGGCCUGGUGGUGGAGAGCGGGCACGGCGUCUCGCAUGUGGUGCCCAUCUCGGAGGGCGACGUGCUGCCGGGCCUGACGGGCCGAGCCGACUACGCUGGGAGCGACCUCACCAACUACCUGCUGCAGCUGCUCAACGAGGCCGGCCACAAGUUCACGGACGACCACCUGCACAUCAUCGAGCACAUCAAGAAGAAGUGCUGCUACUCGGCACUCCUGCCCGAGCAGGAGCUCGGCCUGUGCCUGGAGGAGAUGCGCGUGGACUACGAGCUCCCCGACGGCAAGCUCAUCACCAUUGGCCGGGAGCGCUUCCAGUGCGCCGAGAUGCUCUUCAAGCCCACCCUGGUGGGCAGCAACCAGCCCGGCCUCCCCGCGCUCACGGCCGCCUGCCUGGAGCGCUGCCAGGAGGCGGGCUUCAAGGAGGAGAUGGCGGCCAACGUGCUGCUGUGCGGUGGCUGUACAAUGCUCGAUGGCUUCCCCGAGCGCUUCCAGAGGGAGCUGAGCCUCCUCUGCCCCGGGGCCAGCCCUGCGGUGUCUGCUGCUCCGGAGCGGAAGACCUCCGUGUGGACCGGCGGCUCCAUCCUGGCCUCCCUGCAGGCCUUCCAGCAGCUCUGGGUCAGCAAGGAAGAGUUCGAGGAGCGGGGCAGUGCGGCCGUCUAUGGCAAGUGCUGA